AUGACUACUAGAUUUGCUGCAAGCGAAAGAUGUGAUAUAGAAGAAACACCCAAUUGUAGGAAAACUGAGUUCCCAUCUACCUCCGCUAGAGUUGAAGAAAGCAACAAAGAUAGACCAGAUUCUAUGGAAACUGAUGAUAGAAUUGGCGAGACAGCUCAGUUAGAUGAUGAAAUUAGAGGUGACACGAUUUUAGAGCCCAAGUCGAAGAUGAAGUUUAAUUCCUUUGAAGAAGUAAUGACUUAUUAUAAGCAGUAUGCUAAGAAUAUUGGGUUUGGGGUGAUGACAAGAAGGACUGAGAAAGGAGAUGAUGGGACUGUCAAAUAUGCCACCCUCGAUUGUGCCCGGGGUGGGAAGGCCCGUAAUAGGACGUUGAAUGUCGCCAGAUCAUGUCCGACAGAAAAGACGGAGUGUAAGGCGAAGAUUAAUGUCUUAAAAGUUGACGGAAAGUUUCAGUUGACAACAGUUAAUAACAUUCAUAACCACGAUCUCAGUCCAAAAAAAUCCCGCUUCUUUCGAUGUAAUCGAGAAGUUAGUGACUCCGUAAAAAGAGUCUUAGAUACAAAUGAUCUGGCUGGUAUCCGAAUAAAUAAGAGCUUCAUAUCUCUUGUCGUUGGCACGGGAGGUUUUGAAAAUCUCCCGUUUUUGGAAAAGGAUUGUCGGAAUUACAUCGAUAAGGCAAGACAUUUACAACUUGGCGCUGGAGUGCUUCGGGAAUAUUUUUUACGGAUGUAA